UCGACUUCUCGGAUACUCGGCUACUCGCUUCCUCGGAUUCGCGGAUACUCCGAUAGUGGGAUAUUCUCGCCAGACUCGGUUUCUCUGCGAGAUUCUCCAUUCUCCAUUCUCCGUUCUCCAUUCUCCAUUCUCCUCCCUGGCCAGACAGGCGAUUCUUGGGCUACGACCGAUUUGGGUUCGGAUCGAAAGCGGCGUUCGCUGCUGCAGCGCUGCCGGCGUCGCUGCCUGCGCUCUUGCGUAUUAGUAACGUCGUUCUGCCAGUGUUGUUGUUGUUCCCGUUCUUGUUGUUGACGCUGGUCGCGGUGUGCGAAUUUUUAUUUAUUUUCUACUCACACACAGACACGCGGAGACACGCACACUAGCACGUGCACACUACCUUUACAUGCUUCCUCUUACCGAGCGAAAACCAUAAUAACAACAACAACUGAGAGAAAAACCUUUUACGUGCGUUUUUCUUAUGACAAAAAUUUUUUAGUUCACAUGCCAGGCCACGAAAAACCAAACAAAAAAUUUCAAAAGAAAAAAGAGCUGAAAAUGCAAAAGUGCUGUGACAACCACAAAUAAAUGAAUAGUUGGUAACAAAAAAAGUUUAAUACAUUAAAAACAAAUACCACCAACAAAGUCAACGUUUUUACACUACUGCUAUAAACAAAAAAACACCACAAAUUUUUUACAUAUUUACAUAUAAAUGAGCUUGUAAAUAUUGGAACGCUUUGCCACGAAAAGUACAGUUGCGAUUUAACAAUAUCGCCAAUAUAUCCCCAAAAAUAGGAAACUAUGGCCGAUUGUUCAUUUGUGAGAUGUCUGCAAGAGCGUCGGCUCAUCAAAAGGGAGCUUCUGAAAUGGUCCAAGGAUAUGUUGCACAUUGUGGCCCUAGAACGCGUUGCUGAAGAAUUUAUGGGUCGCAGGCAAUGGAAACAAUAUCAAGAGCAACUGACGAGCAGCCACUUGAAUUUAGAGGAGCAACAGCCCAUAGCAAUAGACGGUUCCGAGGACGAGCCACCGCAAUACAACCACAGCAGCAAGGCGAUCAGCCAGAGCAAUCCCAACCACUGUAAGACAGAGAACCACCGUCUGGAGCAGCACCACAACGGCAGCCAGCUACUGGAAGAAGAUUCUGAGAACAACCAAACAUCACACGAUUCAUCACGUACACCAACACCGGGUGCCACCAGUACACCAUCACCACCGCCAGAACCCAUCGAUUGGAGACCGUCGGCCAAGUGCAACUUCUGUGUUAACGGUCGCCUGCUAACGGUUAACGCCCAGGGCGAGUUGGUGGCCGAGUCAGCAGCAACUGCCACUAGUAGUAGCACUAGUAAUAGCCACAUUCAUCAGCACGACAGUGACAGCAACUCGAGCGCAUCACUGCCCCACCACAGCAGCAGUUGCAGCAGCAACAACAAAAGCAGUGGCAACAGGGCACGCCACAUUGCUGCUGCAAGUGCAAGAGCAACAACAGCAGCGGCAGCGGCAACACCCGCCAACUCCCUCGAACUCUACAAGCUGCUGACCCAGCGGGCAGCCAAAAUGACAUCGAUGGACUCGAUGGCCGCCCAGCUGGCGCAAUUCUCACUGCUGGCCGACUUCAAUCUGAUCAACUCGCUGGCCAGCCAACAGCAACAGCAGCAGCAGCAACAGCAACAGAUCGCUAGUGCGGUAACGCCAACUACCUCAGAAGUAUCUGCCGCCGCAAUCAGUCCCGCACUCAAAGAUACACCGAGUCCCAGUGUGGAUGCACCGCUCGAUCUUAGCAGCAAACCAUCGCCGAACUCAUCGAUUAGCGGCGAUGUGAAGUCCGUCAGAGCCUGUGCCACGCCCACGUCGUCGGGAAGGAGGGCGUACAGUGAAGAGGAUCUGAGCCGGGCCCUGCAGGAUGUGGUGGCCAACAAGCUGGAUCACCGGAAGGGAGCUAGCCAACACCAUGAGCCGCGCUCCAUUCUGGACAACCGGCUGUACAAGAUGAAACACCAGGACCAGGAGCAGGAUCACGAUGGCGACGAGCUCGAGGACUCCAACGAUGAUGCAGAGGCGGAAGUGGACAGCAAUGCGUCGACACCGGCGUAUCCGGCGGAGUUUGCAAGGGCACAACUGCGCAAACUGAGCCACCUGUCCGAGCACAAUGGCAGCGAUCUGGGCGAGGAUCUGGAACGUGGAUCGCCGAAAAUGGGUCGACAUCCGGCCGGUGGCAAUGCCAGUGGCAAUCAGGGCGCUCUGCCCUCCAUACCGCUGGAUGCCAAUGUCCUGCUGCGCACUCUGAUGCUGGCUGCAGGCAUUGGAGCAAUGCCCAAGCUGGAUGAAACGCAAACGGUGGGCGACUUGAUCAAGGGUCUGCUGGUGGCCAAUAGUGGCGGCAUGAUGAACGAGGGACUGCUGAGUCUGCUGUCCGCCGGUCAGGAGAACAGCAUUGGCAAUGCCUCGCUGUUGCUGCAACAACAGCAGCAGCAUCAGCAACACCAUCAGCAGCAACAGCAUCAGCACCAGCAGCAACAUGUCGCCGCCUAUCGUCAUCGCCUGCCCAAAUCGGAGACUCCGGAAACGAACUCCUCGCUGGAUCCGAACGAUGCCAGCGAAGAUCCCAUACUGAAGAUUCCGUCCUUCAAGGUCAGCGGUCCGGCCAGCAGCAGCAGCCUGUCGCCGGGCGGUCUGGGUGGUGGUCACCACCAUUCGCUGAACAACAACAACAGCCUCAGCAUCAGCAACAACAGCAAUCACAGCAGCAACAGCCACCGGAACGGCAGCAAUCGCAGCCCACAUUCCGCAUCGCCCAUGCUGGCCGCCGCCGUCGCCCAAGGUGGUUACUCCGCCGGCAACAGUUUGCUGCCCUCGUCGUCGUCCAGCAUACAGAAGAUGAUGGCCAGCAACAUACAGCGGCAGAUCAACGAGCAGAGUGGCCAGGAGAGUCUCAGGAACGGGAAUGCCAGCGAUUGCAGCAGCAACAAUGGCGGCUCCACCUCGCUGGGCUACAAGAAGCCGAGCAUUUCGGUGGCCAAGAUCAUUGGCGGCACGGACACCUCCCGGUUUGGUGCCUCGCCCAACCUGCUGUCCCAGCAGCAUCAUCCGGCUCACCACCUGACCCACCAGCAGCAGCAGCAGCAGCAGCUGAGCGCCCAGGAUGCGUUGGGCAAGGGAACGCGACCAAAGAGGGGCAAGUAUCGCAACUACGACCGCGACAGUUUGGUGGAGGCGGUCAAGGCGGUGCAAAGAGGUGAGAUGUCGGUUCAUCGGGCGGGCAGCUACUACGGCGUACCACAUUCCACGCUGGAGUACAAGGUGAAGGAGCGUCAUCUGAUGCGACCCCGCAAGCGGGAGCCCAAGCCGCAGCCGGAUCUCGUCGGCCUGACCGGACCAGCCAACAAGCUGCAGCUGGACAAGCUGAAGGCGGGACCGCAUGGUGGCUCCAAGCUGAGCAAUGCACUCAAGAACCAAAACAACCAGGCGGCUGCAGCGGCGGCGGCGGCAGCAGCAGCAGCGGCCGCUGCCACGCCCAACGGCCUGAAACUGCCCCUUUUCGAGGCCGGUCCGCAGCAAUUGUCCUUUCAACCGAACAUGUUCUGGGCCCAGACGAAUGCCACCAAUGCCUACGGCCUGGACUUCAAUCGCAUCACGGAGGCGAUGCGAAAUCCCCAGGCCAGCAAUCAUCACGGCCUGAUGAAGAGUGCCCAGGACAUGGUGGAGAAUGUGUACGAUGGCAUCAUUAGAAAGACGCUGCAGGCGAGCGAGGGCAAUGGCAGUGCGGCGGGCAAUGGCAGCAACGGUAGCAAUGGCAAUGGCAAUGGCAAUGGACAUAGCCACGGGCAUGGACAUGGUCAUGGACACGCCCUGCUCGAUCAGCUGCUGGUGAAGAAGACGCCGUUCACGAAUCAUCGGAACAAUGACUACGCCGCCACCUGUUCGAGUGCCAGCGGAGAGAGUGUGAAGCGUUCGGGCAGUCCCAUGGGCAACUAUGCGGACAUCAAGCGGGAGCGACUGAGCGCCGACAGUGGCGGCAGCAGCGAUGAGGAGCACUCGGCCAGUCACAUCAACAACAACAACAGCGAUCUGGCGCACAACAAGAACAAGAGCGGUGGCGGUGGCGGUGGCAAUGGUCAGACCAAUGGGAAUGGCAGAAGCAGCCGGAUGACAUCGCGGGAUGACUCGGAAACGGAUGCCAGCAGCCUGAAGAGCGGCGAAAGUGGCGGCCAGCAAAACCACAAAAUGAUGGAUCUCAAUGGCAGCAGCAGCAGUCACAUCAAGUGCGAAUCGGAGGCGGCCACUGGACACCACAGUCCGGGACACCAUGCCACAUCCAUACUGCACGAGAAGCUGGCCCAGAUCAAGGCCGAGCAGGUGGACCACACGGAGCAGGUGGAGCAGUUAUAGGAGCAGCCGAUGGCCGCGAAUCCAGCGUUCGCCUGGCCACCGCUGGCCGCCCACUACUACAGCUUCUAGGCGGAGGGGAGGGAGAAAGGGAACACCAAAUUAAGCCACGUUUUUUGAUAGUACCAUACAAAUCACUAUAUAGAAUUAUAUAUAUAUAUAUAUAUAUGUAUAAAUAUAUAUAUACAUAUAUAAUAAUUUAUGCCAGCCAGCUGACCGAUGUGUGUGUGGUAAAUGUGCGCUAGCUCUUAGUUAAAUGUGUAAUCAACUGCAUAGGGGAUAAAACAAAACAAACAGAAGAUCAUAAACAACAAAAGAAAAAACAAAAAUAACAUAAUGAAAAACCGCAAGCAAAGAAACAUACAUUUGUGCCCCGGAGUGUACGAUGUAUAUUUUUGUUUCGUUUUGACAAUCGACAAAUAGGCAUUCUCUUGUACAAACUUUCUUAAAAGCUAACAAAAAACAAAUCUAAAACCUUAAGACCAAAAAAACACAAACAAAACAAAACAAAACAAAUACUGAGCAAAAACCAAGAACCAUUUUCAUUUUGCAUUUCGUUUCGAACCGCAUUUUUAUGUUGAGCAUAUUUUUUACUGAACAGAAACAGCAGUCCAAUGGAAAAAUAUAUACAUAUAUAUGUAUAUAGCAGAAUUAUAUAUAUAGCCAACAGGAAAUCAGUAAAGCACUUACAAGCCAACAACUUAAUCGACUUCUGUUUCGGCCAGGUUUUUGGCCCUCGAGCUGCGAUUUUCGCACAUUCCAUAAGAUACUCUUAUGUUCCACAUAGUUUUCGUACGCAAAUUUCUAGAUUUCUAGAGCAGUCAGAAGCGCAGCUCAAACAGGGCCAAAACCCCAGGCAGUUGUCCUCGACAUAGACAGAAUGAGUAUAGCCAACAACAGCAACUACAACAACAAUAACUACAGCAAAGACCAUAACAACUACAACUACAACAAGCAACAACAACAGCAAUAUCCGAUCAAUAACAACAACCAACAACAAAAAAAGCAAUAAUAAUACAAGACUCUACAAUACAAAGAAUGAAACAAUGAAAUAGCAAAAUUCAAAAAUGGAAAAAACAAAUACAAACCGAAAAACAUCAAUCAAAAACCAAAACAAAAUUAACCACAAAAAUUCAACAUUUUUUAUGAUUUCAAAAGAUGAAAAUACAAAACGGAAAUCAAUAAACAAAGCUGCCUUCACAUUUACAAAUUAAAUAAAUUAGUAAGCAAAGCGAGACAAAGCACACAAAAUAAUAAUUGAAAUGAAACGCAAACGCAGAGUAAAACGCAAAAAAAAGCAAACAAUUUCAGAAAUAUAAAUCCCGAAAUUACAUUUUUAAUUUGACAAAUUCAAAAACUUAAAUAAUACAAAAUAUUAUACCCCAAAACAUUCAAAAUCAUUUUUAUUCGAACAAAUUCCACACAUAUUUAAAUAACGUAAUCAAAAUUAAAGUGUUUCGGUGUUAAAAAAAAAUCAAACAAAAAACAACAAAAAUAUAUCUAUCUGUGUUUAGGCUUUAACAAGAGAAAUUUGAAAACAAAAUUUCAAGAUUUUGGCUUAAAAGUAAAAUGAUACGGAAAAAAAACAAAUUUUGAGAACACACAUUUCAUGUACAGUCGCCUAACCACCAAAAGUAAAAAGCAUAAAUAUAUAAAGACUUUAUAUUACUAUAUACCAUAUACCAUAUGAUAUAUAUUUGUAUAUUUAUGUAUGUGUGUGUCUUCAUCACUACGCGUAUACCUCAAACCAAACACAUGAUCAUUUUGAGCAACUAAAUAUAUUUAAAUGUACUUAUACACUCUACACACUCUUUUACAGGAGAGCAAAACAUAUUUACACAGUUAAGCCCCCCUAAUCCAAAUCUUUGGCCCUCCUUUCGACGUAUCUACAUUUCGUUUGACUUUGAAAUUCUAUCUAUGGGUAAACAACUAACUAAAUGUCUGCGUAAAUGAAAAUAGAUGAAAAAUUAUAUAAAUGUACCUAAAAACAUAUUUUGUGUGCUAGCUAGUAAGUGUCAAAAGAAAAAGAAAAAGAAAAAACCAUACAAAAACGAUAUACAAUAUAUUUAAAUGAAGAUGAGAUGGGGAAAAUUGUCGGAAAUAUUUGAAAAUAUUUAGCGAAUUAUAAUACAAGAAACAGUCAAAGGUAUGGCAUGAAAAAUUGUGGAAAAUAGCAAGCGAAAUGCGUUUAAUAAUUCUAUUGAAAUCAUUUAAGGGCAUUUAAUAUAUUUAUCAUUUCCACGAUGCGAUGGAUAAAAAAGGAUUUAUUGGCUAAUCUCCCAAAUUACAUUUGAUGUGCAUAAAUGUUGUGGUUUAGAAUCAAAAUCAAAGGAAACAAAAUUAAAAGUUAAGGCUUAAAAAUGUAAACAAAAAAUUUAAUACAAUUAUAAAUUUUGGUAUAAUAGCGAAGAGUUCUGCGAACCUAAAGGAAUUAAAAAUGUUUAUUAUAUGAAAAAUUGAAAAAAUGAAAAUAUGGAAAUAUGGAAGGGAAAAAUAGGCGAGAGUAGAUAAAGAAUGGAUGGAAAUAAAUCAAAAAGUAUUUAUUGCUAAUUUAAUUAUAUUUGAAGUAUACAUACAUAUUUAUUAUAUACAUACAUAUAUAUUAGACACACUAUCUGUGAUUAAUAAUCCAAAAUUUUGAAGAGCAUUUUCUGAAAUAACGUUGGCUAAGCAUAUGCGAAAAGACAAAACCAAUGGAUAAAGCAACACACACCCAUGUAAAGAAAUUGUAGACAGAUCGGAUAAAACGAAACUAAACCAAGCACAAGCUAAUGGCCAAAUGCAGUUGGCCCCGGAAAUCGGGAGCUGCUUUUGGCCAAGAGAAUUUCUUAAGCUACGGCACACAUCACUGAAAAAAAAAACUGAAAAGAAAAACUAAAAACAAAAACUAAAAACAAAAACUGAAUACUGAGCAUAGGUAACAGUAAGCAGAAGACAAGCCCGAUGGUACUGUUCAGAACAUAUAUAGUUGUAUAUAUUUUGGAAUAAUGUUCAAGUUCAAGUCAAAAUUAAAUGAAAACAAAAACGCAAUCUUUUAUAAUGCAAAAUUAUACAAAGGAAAAUUAUAAAUACAAUUUCGCAACGCUAAAAACAAAAAGGAAAAACGAAAAUAUUGAUGUAAAAAGAAUGAAAAUCAAACUUAAAAUAAUAAACAAGAUAAAGUGCAAUUAUACGGUUUAAAUAAGCAAAUUUAAGAAACAAACGUUAUAAAAACAAAAACACAAACAUGUUAAAACAAUGAAAAUAUUUCGAAGCAAGUUUAGCUACAAAUUCCAAGGCAACUGAUAAUGAUAAGAACCAUUUACAAGAAAAAAACCAAGACAACAAAAUACAGUGCGUUUCAUAACCAACCAAAUGGGCAAUAGAAUAUUUAAAUUCUAUUAUUGCCCUUUGGAGUACUGAAACGCACUAUGGCCCUACUUCAUAUUGAUGGGCUAAUCGGAUCCAAAAUCUGAAAACCAAAUUUAGGAUCCGCGAUGAAACCGAAACGAAAGAUCAUAACUGCAGAAAAGAAGUCGAAAGUCGAAAUGUCAACCUAGUGGUAGUUCGAAACACAAACAAAAAAAAACAAAACAAACCAAUCGAGUGUAAUUGAGUAACAGCUUGAGAAUGUUGAAUUGUAUAGAAUUUUUGCUUGUUCACCUGGUCGAGGGUGGCGUGGUUGCGCCCCCUUUUAGUUUCUAGGUGGACAGGCGAAAACGCUCAGGUACGUGUUUUAUUUUUCGGAGAGAAACAAGAUUGAUUACCCAUACAUUACUUAUUCUUUGUUUUACUACAACAUAAUAGUUAAUAUUUGUAUAAAAAAAAAAAAAGCGGACGAUGGCGAGAAAAGGAAAACCAGCUAAAAAAAUUGAUAUAUUCAUAAUAUAGAAUUGUUUUAUAUGGUUUGAGAGCGUAAAAUAUUGAGGGUUUCUAGCGUGCUUCAUGAAAUUGCUCAUAUUUGUGUAUAAAAUCUAAUUUGUUCAAUGCGAAUCAAAAUUUGCUGAAUAUAAGUGCAUAUAUAUAUAAUUAGAGUUUAUGUUUCGGUUUAGUUAAGCGCAUAAAAUGAUUACGAUUAUAAAUAAUUAUUAUUAGUUAUGACCUAAUAGUAGGCAAAUCAAAAUUUCUUCACAUAAAACAAUCAACUUCUACUUUCAAACAUUUUAUAGACGUAACUAUAAUUAUUAUUCUAUUAUUAUACGGACUAAAAACUAUUUAGCGCGUUGUUAGACUCGAUUUAUGGUUUGUACAUAUUAGAAAACAUUUUAAUGGUAUUCUCCUCUUUUUUUAUUAUUACUAGAAUUAUUACUCCCUAUUUUAAUUGACUUCUUAAAUGGGCAACAUCAUUUGAACUAUAGUGCAAUUGUUUCAAACAAAACCAAGCAACCAACAACAAAUAUAUUAACAUUAACAAGAUUAAUAUAAUUUACAAGCUUUCUUUGCCGAUGCCAAGAAGGAUGAAUAAUGCAUAUGUCUACCGUAUGGAUCGAAAAUCAAAAAUCAUUUUAAGUGCACAUAACUCUUUAAAAUAGCAGUUAGACUACGCCUAGGUUUUUUCAUCAUUAUUAUGCGCACGCUUCAGUCCAAAAAUUGAAAUUCUACACACAUUCUCAUUGCUCAGUUCGAGACAUCACAAUCACAAGCCAGAAAAAGAAAACUCAAAACUUUUCACCUAAGUUCAACUUGAGCGACCGCAAACAACUCAAGAUCAGCAAAGAUCACAAGCGAAAAUUGCUAAGAAACAAUAGCCCAGACGUGAUAACAACCACAAAAUAGCCCAGCACAGACAACCAAUCACCAACAAUAGCCCAAAAAUAAUUGAAACAAAAAUUGAUUAAAAGCCAACAGAAAAAAAAGAUGAAAAUAAUUAAUUACAUGAAACUAAUUAAUAUACAACGUGGACACUAGAUGUGUCCAAAGCUCAGAUAAAAAAUCCAAAACAGCCUAAAGUCGAUUGUACUUUUCUUUUUUCUAUCCACAAAUACAACCAACAAACAACAGCAACAGCAACAACAACAACAGCAGAAACCACAAUUUUAUUAAACAAUAGUACUACUCUUACUACAGAACUUAAAUAGCCACAAGUAAAUAGAAAUAGCCACAGCAAUUAACUUUAAACAAGAUGCCCAGACACAGAUACACACAGAAACGUUUCUUCAAAACAGAUUUGUAUUCUUAGCCACAUAACCGAUACAAUAGCCACUUAAUUAGGAUCGAUCAUAGCCAAGCAAUAGAAUCAGAUACAAACUCAGAACCGGAAACAGGAAAUCGUCAAUCGUGAAUCGUGAAUUGCGAAUCGCGAAUCGGAAAAAAGAAGCAGCACCAAAUCGAACUGCAAAAGGCAAAAACCAUUAUAUCAAUAAUAGGAUGAAAAACAUAAUGAACUAAAGAACAAAACCAAUUUUUAUUUCAAUUAUUAACUUAUAAACACAACAACAACCACAGCUCCACACAGUUACAGUUACAACAACAACAAUAGCCCUAGAAAAUAAUAUUCAUAAUUAAUCAAUCAAUCAAUCCGUAAAACCAACAACUUCAAUAGUUAUAAGCAAUUGGCGUAAAACAAAAAGAAAAGCGAGAAAGUACCACAGAAAACCAAAAUCUUAGCCAGGCAAAAGUUUUGAGCAUAUUUUUCAUUAUUUUUACAACAAACAAACAAACUGAUGUAAGUACAAUUCAUAAAUUUAGACUUUUGGUAAACUACAAUACAGAAAAUAGAGCAGAAAAACCAUUUUUUUUUUUUGCAUUAGAUAAUUGCUACAAAAUUAAAGAAAUGGACGAUUUUUUAGUGGAAAACAAAAGCCAAUAAGCAAAUAACAAGAAUUCGCAUUAUAAUUAGCAAUAGCCCAUAAGUACAGCAAAGUGUAUUAGCAAUAAAGCUAAAAACACUAAAAAAAAAAGCAGAGAUUUUUAAAAAGGAAACGGAAAAGUGAAGAAAAAACAUAAAACUGCAAGAAAAAUGUGAAACUAAUUUGUUCUGCGUUAAAAAAAGAAAUCCAAAAUAAAUAUGUUUUAUUUGAUAAGUAAUUUAUAAACAUAUUACAAUUUCGCUUAAUUUGAUUUACACAAGAGUAAAUGUAAUGCAUACAUUGUAAACCUUAAAUUAAUAUUUACAACAGCAAAGGCAAAAUUUCUGUUUAGUAAGGCGUGCAUAAUUGUUAUUAUAUUACACAGACACACAUAACUAAGUUUAAGUUUAUAAUUUUCGUUAUCUUUAUUAUUUACUUAUUAUGUUUUAAACGCAAAAAAAAAAUAAAAAACAAACCAGAUAUAUACAAUAUAUUUACGAAUUAAACGUUUAUUAAUAAAAUGAAAAAUAUUUUAGUUAAACCAUUCGUUUAUCGUUUGCAUUCAUUUAACACCACAGGAGGCUUUCCGUUCACACAUUGCAGAAUAUAAGAAACUCGAAUAUGAAUAUUCAAUUAAAUUAAGCACCGUCUAACAAUUGCAACAAGAUACUUAAUACCAUUAUACGCAAUAGUUAUAAUUGACAGAUGACACGAAUAUGAAUAUAAACUGAACAAUAGCCCAAAGUAAAUAUUGGCCAUGGUAGCAGUCGGAGAAACUAUCCAACCUUCUAACGUGGCCAAUAUUUGCUCCAUUUUCACAUGCAAGAGAUGAGCAACAACAAUUGGCACUCAACAGAUGCAAUUCCCAACAACAAGAAGAACAACAACAACAACAACAAGAAAAACAAUAACAAUUAUAAAAGGCAAUUGAAACAUUAAUUUCGGUUAAUUGAAUUUGGUUUUUAGUUCAGUUCUUAAGUCGAAUCUCACCACUUUCGAGAAUUGUUUCGGCUCCAAACCCACUCACCCAAAUUUUGGAAUAUUCCGAACCAGAAUCAAAAAUGGCACUAACUACACAGACGAGCCAAAGGAAUCGUACAUCUAAACUCAACACAGCUUCAGGGACCAACUAAAGGAGAAAUGAUUUAAACUUAAAUUAAAGAACAUAUUCAAGAAAAAAAACUGGUAAAUCAAUACUAAAAUGUAACACACAGAAGCACCGAACGUGUGACUUGAAAAACUAAAGCUAAAUCAAAUUUUGAGGCAUAUCUUAAAGACGAGACAUAAAUCGAGGUAAAAAUUGCGAAAUUAAAAAAAAAAUUGUGAAACUAUGCUAAAUUAUGCAGACCCGGAAAAUCGUAUGUGUGUACAUAAAUGAAGGAGCAACCCUUUUGGUAAUCUAUAUACAUAUAUAUUAUAUACAUUUAGCGUGUCAAAAAUAAAUCUAAACUUUAGAUUCUAAAAGAAACAAAAAACAUAUAUCUCUAAAUGCAGUGAAACUUCAGGCCAUGCUAACUUUGGAUGAAUUCUGAUUAAAAUUAUAUUUGUAAGAGAAAAAAAUGUAUACGAUAUGCGAGGAAAUUAAAACUAAAACUGGAUUAAGUGUAAAAAGAACAUACAUAUUUCGAUGGCAAACAAACCAAAAAAGAAAAAUGGAUUGAAAAUGGAGAAACCCCUAAUUUACAUACAACUAAUUAUUCUUUCGCUUUGGCGGUGACCUUCUGUGUAAAUAAAAAAAAAACAAAUCAAAUGAAGAGUAAAAAAUGAAAAAACCAACCAAAAUAAGGUAAAUUCAAAUUAGCAAAAUUUUUGUCAACAAAAAAAUGACCUAGUAAAUGCUAAAUUCAAAUUUAUAGUACAUAUUUGUGUAUGUAUGAGUGUAUUGCAUAAGUUCGAUGUGGGUAUAUAACAAUUAUUAUUAACAUUAUGCUUAUCCCUUUCAUUUCCAAGUUAUAUACAUUUUGUUCGCAAGACAAACGAAUAAGUCGAAUACUAAAUUUGAAGGCAAUAAUAAUGAACAAAUGAAGAACAUGUGCUGAACUGCUGAACUCCAAUUGAAUUGCAACAAGAGUAGGGAGACAUUAACCGAAGUGAAACAUUUCGAACCAACUCAAGUGUAUGGCAAAAACAUUGUAAAAAAGCAUAAAAAACAGACCCGUUGAGAAAGUCAAGGACGCAGGCGAAAAAAUUGCUUAAGAAAAUAAUGAGAUUUGUGUAUAUGUGAACAGAAUGAGAAAAAAUAGAAGGUUUACUGAAUUAACUGUCGGAAAGCAAAACUAAAAGGAAAAAUUAACAACUUGCAGGUGGGACAGUCGGAAUACAAACCCCAAAGAAAACUAUUAACUUGUAAUGAUGUGAACUUGGAGCAUACUCUCAGUAUUUUUAUGAAUACUGUCAAUAAAACAUUAAUUAAAGAUUAA